AUGGAAGACACAAAAAUGUUCUACAGUGACGACUACCCUACAGAGUUUGACCCAAACUUUUACGUACAACUAUAUGAAGAUCCAGAGCCUAACCCAAUGUUUGGGGACCUAAUGUCAUUCACCCUGACCAAUUAUCACAAAACUUUUGACUCAGGUACUAUCAAAGGGAAGACGCUCUUGGAUAUUGGGACAGGUCCAACAAUACACAACAUCAUCAGCGCAGCACCACACUGUGAUAAUAUCUUCUUGUCAGAUUUCUGCCAGAGCAACAGGGACAUCUUAAAGCAAUGGCACGAAGGAUCUUUGGAAUUCAGUUUUGAUAAAAUCUUUGAUUUUGUACUCAGACAAGAAGGGAAAAGCAAAAGUGAUACCUCUGAGAGAGUGGCAAGCGUUAGAGACAAGAUUUGUGGGAUUCUACACUGCGACAUCAGGGACGAGAACCUUUUUUCGACCAACUUCCUUCCGCAGGUCGACAUCAUCACAUCAUCCCUCUGUCUGGAAGCAGUUGCCACAGACCAGGCCUCCUAUGAACGGUACGCCAGGAAUAUGGUCGGAAUGUUGAAACCCGGAGGCCACUUGGUCAUGUUUGGGUGUGUAGGAGGAACUUUCUACACACUGGGACCAAAGAGGUUCAUCAGUUUUGGGAUGUCGAGGGAUGAGUUGAAGUCUACGUGGAAGAAGGUUGGGAUUGAGAUCAUAUCCUGGGACGAGUGUGUACGACCCCAGCAAGAAUAUUACGAUGCGGAUGCCGCCUUUAGCAUGGUUGGGAGAAAGGUUCCAGACUUUUAA